AUGACGCGUAACAACCUCCGCCAACAGCUUUCCUGGUUACUACAAGACGCCUGCCGUACCCGGCCCCUCGGCCCUGAGCUACCUAGUGCCUCAUCGAGCUUCGAUAGCCAGUAUACACUCAGCCAAGACAAUCAUCCUUUACCUAGGGCUCUCGAGCAGCAGCAGCAGCCUGUGCUCCCAACCCCAAGCACGGCACAGCCAUCGUUGCCAACAACAGCACCACGCCUUCCGACUCCCGCUACAGAUGCCGCCGCCCGAUCGAUUCGACCACGACUCGGGAUCCCAAGCAACGGGGUCGACGAGGCCGACGACAACAUCGACAGCAUGGCGAGAUUGACAUCAGCAUCCAAGUCAAAGAAGCCGUCGCUGCUCAUAAAGGAGCAAGAGCAGCAGCCUCUGCCGACACCGGCCUCGACGACAAGCGUACUGCCUCCUCUUCAACGCGCCUUUUCUCGACUGGUUGACAAGGACAACUCGCGGGCUCUCAAGGAGGAAUCUCCAGUUACUCCUCGAGUCGCCCAUCGUGCUCGGAGCCCCGACUUUUCUUCUGAUGUCAACUUCGAUUGUCUAGACCAAGCCGGAGCGCCAAUAGACCUCACCUCGGACGACUUUGAUAUCAACUCAGCUCUGUUGGUCGAUGGUCUUUGGCAGAGUGAUGAUGGAUUCUCGGGGGAAAGCCAUAUGUCAACUAAGCGAAGCGCCAAGAAGAGAAAAAGCUCCGAGAUGAGCAAGGUCACGCCAGCUCCGAAGAAGAAGGCUAUGUUUAUGGAUGAUGACGACGAGGACGAGUUCCCUGACAUUGGAACCCUUGCCAAGGCUACAUCGCCAAUGACCAGAAGACCUAGCAAGUCAUUACCAAGCUCUCAAAAGACCCCAAGCAGGGCCCGCCCGGCCGCAGCCCACGGUACCUCUAUAGUCCAUGAGAGCAGAGUCACCGAACCACUUCAGAGCACUGAGACACUCCUUCGAAGGAAUGCUGAUGGCCUGGAUGAACUUCCUGAUAACCCAGCUCCUAACACGCUAUUAACACAACCCCAACAGGGUGUCUCUUUGACCACUAUCAAAACAACACCGAGUAGCAACAAGUCACAGACAUCAUCCCUGGCCGUCUCUUCAAAACAUGAUUCGCCUAAUUCUAGCGAGGACAACCCGAGGGGCAAACGGAGGAGGCAGUCCAAGGAUAGUCUAGUUAUCCAGGAUUCCGAGGAUGAUUUUAUGGAAGAUAACUUCGUGACGCCUCCCACAGAGCAUGUGUCAUACAUGACCUGCUUCAGCGGGCCAGACUCUGGCGGGAAAGAAGGCUCAAGUACACAGCGCCAAGCUUCCUCACAAUCGAGAAGUAGGCUUCCUUCACCCAAGGUCGAUCCUACUCCAUCCAAGAGGCCAAGAAUAGAUGACGCUCAGCACCUUCAAGCCAAUGCGGAAUCAAGAGUCUCCGAGGAGCUCGCCGCUCACAGCUCGGAUUCUGAUGGUAGCAUAAUGGCUAUGGACCUCUUCCUCAGAAAUCCGGGCGUCAUUGAAAAGAGACGGAAAGGUAUACAGGCCGAGUUGAAGAAGCUGUCUGAGGACUACAGACGAUCUUUUGUCGAGAACUGGCCCCAAGAGCGCAGGCAGCAGGUCAAAGAGGCUCGUAAUCAACUCUCGGAGAAAGGAAAAAUCCUCAGUGACCUCUAUUCCGAGCGUGAAGCGCACAAAAUUAUUGCCGACCAGAAGCAGUCACUCGAAAAUGAGCUGGUCGAGGCCUUCGAAAACAACUUGGAUACGACUGAUGACGAGUUACGCAUCAGCGGGAUGAUAGAAAAACUCCAUGAGAAAGAGGAAAGCAUACGUCGGCUGUUGGUUGCAGCAGGCAUGAAUGAUAUUGCCUUGUAUGAAGAGGUCGAUGUCGAUAAUGCUCAGGAGCCACAGCCCGAGCCAUACCCACCAAAUCAGAUUGUGAAGGCUACGCAGCAUGCUCCGCAGGCUCCUCUGUCUCAGCUGUCUCGCCCGUCCAGCCAAAUCCAACCCUCGGCUAACAACCCGCAUAUCAUCCUUCAGACACAAUCGUCUUUAAGGCAACAGCAACAACAAUCAGUAAUCAGUCGGAGCGAUGAGUUUGAGGAGAGGUUCCUCGUGCACCAACCUCCCCCUUUCCCUCGCACAACCAGGACACGAAACACCGAGCUCAGCCGCCCGGUGCCAUCCACGAUCACAAGAAAUGCAUCGCAAGAUCAGUGCAUACAGGAUUUACUAGAGGACGACGAGGAGGAGGAUGAUGCGAUGGAAUGGCGACAGGCACAUGCUCCCGCGCGACCUCAGCCUCCGGCACCUGCUGCACAUCAACCGGCCACUAGAAGCGUGCAAGAAGAGGUUGAUUACUUUGACUGUGAUGAAGACAGCUUGGUGAUGCUAGCGGAUCAUAUCGAGAGGGAGUCUUCAAGCAGGGCUGCCUCAACGCAAGCGAGUAGAGCGGCACUGGCUGAAACGUCAGGAAAUACAGCCAUUGUGCCGAGAGUUAGAAAAGAACCUCCAAAGAAGGACAAGAAGGCCAUCCCGAAAAGCUCGAUCCCGCGUGAGCUGAUGAACCAUCCUUGGUCCAACGACGUUCGAAAGGCGCUUAAAGAUCACUUCAGGAUGUCCGGAUUCCGGCACAACCAACUUGAGGCAAUCAAUGCCACACUGAGUGGCAAAGACGCCUUUGUGCUGAUGCCCACUGGUGGAGGCAAGUCCCUCUGCUAUCAACUCCCUGCCGUCGUCAACAAUGGAGCUACGCGGGGUAUCACUAUCGUUGUCUCUCCGCUGCUCAGCUUGAUGCAGGACCAGGUCGACCAUCUCCGGGACAUCAAUAUUCAGGCAGCUCAGUUCAGUGGAGACAUUGACAAAACGCACAAGAACAUGAUUCUAGACGCACUGAACAACAAGAACCCGGAAAACUUUCUUAAGCUUCUUUACGUCACUCCUGAGAUGAUUAGCAAGAGUGUAACGUUUACCAAUGCGCUCCAGCGUACUUACCACAACAAGAAGCUGGCUCGGUUCGUCAUUGACGAGGCGCAUUGUGUCAGCCAAUGGGGCCACGACUUCAGGCCAGACUACAAGGCCCUCGGCGAGUUCCGCCGAAUGUUCCCCGACGUUCCUGUGAUGGCUCUGACGGCGACGGCGACUAAGAACGUGAUUGUUGACGUCAAGAGCAAUCUCGGAAUCGACGGCUGCGAGGUAUUUUCGCAGAGCUUCAACAGGCCAAACCUCUACUACGAUGUGCGCCCCAAAGGGAAGAAUCUCCUGCAGUCGAUUGCGGAGCUAAUUCUGGAAAGGCACGCCGACCAGACCGGCAUAAUCUACACACUUUCUCGCAAGAGCUCAGAGAAUAUAGCCAAGAAACUUGUUCAAACAUACGGCAUCUCGGCGGAAGCUUACCACGCCGGCAUGGAGACGGAUAAGAAGACGGAUAUCCAGAGGAAAUGGCAGAGGGGAACGAUCAAGGUUGUCGUGGCUACCAUUGCAUUCGGCAUGGGUAUAGACAAGCCGGAUGUGCGAUUUGUGAUCCAUCAGUCGCUGCCAAAAAGUCUCGAGGGGUACUACCAAGAGACGGGGCGUGCUGGUCGUGACGGUGAAAAGUCGGACUGUUACCUGUAUUUUGGCUAUGGAGACAUAGCCACGCUACGCAAAAUGAUUAAAGAGGGCGAAGGCAGCGAGCAGCAAAAGGAGCGCCAAGGAGAGAUGCUGAACCGUGUCAUCGAGUACUGCGAGAACAAGCGAGACUGUCGCCGCGUCGAGAUCCUGCGAUACUUUGGCGAGCGGUUUGACAAGAAGGAGUGCGACGCCAGCUGCGACAACUGCCGUGAUGGCGGCGAGUUUUCCAUUGUGGACUACACGGACGUGGCCGUGGCGGCGCUCAAGGUUAUUGGGCGAAAACGGCUGACCGCCAAGCAGUGCGCCGACAUACUCCAGGGCAAGGGAAUCAAGAAGGACGAUCCAAAGCCUGAACACUAUGGCGUUGCCAAGUCACUGCAGCAGCAUGUUAUUCUCAGUAUUCUGUAUCGUCUACAGGCGGAAGACGCACUGGAGGAGCACCACAAGACCGUGAGAAGCAUAGGCGUUCCUAUCACGUACUAUGGUGCUGGACCCAGGGCCAACGCCUUCAUAGACGGGCACCAGAGGCUUGAGCUGGUAACUCGCACAAACCGUAAUGGUGUUAUGGAUAACGCAAAACCCCCGAAGCGAGCCAAAAAGACUGCCAGUCUCGGGGCAUCAAACCUGCCCCCAUCGACCAAUGUCUCUUCUCCUGUGAUGAACACCAGUAGAAAGUCCAAGGGCAGGUCGCUGGUGCUGAAUCAAGAUGAUGAAGAGUCGGACGACGACGCGGCUGGUGCGGCACCAAGGCACCGGAAUGGCUACGCAAGAGACAACUUUGUAGUUUCUGAUGAUGACGACGACGACGAAGACUACUUUGAGAAGAGCAUGCGCACUGUUCCGAGAUCCCGCCAGCGAACCCUUGAAGAACUCAGCGGACCGAUCCGUAGUAACGGUGGCGGAGAAGGGGCCAUAUCGCAGCUGAACGAUGUACAUCAGGACCUUCUGAUGCAAUUCGUCGAAGACGCCAAGCGCAUCGAGGAGCGCGUGCGCAAUAACAAUGGCCUACGCAAGUUACUAUUCACGGAACAGCACCUACGUUCCAUGGCUAUGGAUUGGACAACUUCGCUCGAAAAGAUGCGGCGGGUCUCUGGCAUCAACAAAGAGAACGUCGCGCGCUAUGGUAACGAGCUUUUACCCACUCUUAAAAAGUACUACGAGUUCUAUCGCAACUCCAUGGGCGGCGGCGGCGGCGGCGAUAUGGACGUUGUAGACCUUGUGAGCGAUGACGAUAAUCUGGACGUACAGCCCCGACGAGUCCAGAAGGGCAAGGCGACGGCCGAAGAGAACUUUUUCACUAGCGAUGAGGAAUCUUCGGGCGAAAAUGAGGAUGAAGAGGAAUCGACCGAGACAUCAUCAAAGUACUUCAACCCUAGUCGCGAGACAGAGGCCGAGCGUCAGGGCCGCGAGUGGAGAGAAAAAUACAACGCCGUGCCAGUCACAUACAACGAGUCCUCGUCCUCCAAAACCAGGUCUGGGGCUGGGAGGGGAGGGAGGUCCAACUGGAGGGGAAAUGGUGGGAGGAAGACAUCGUAUGGAAGCCGUCGCACGUCGGGAGGUGGAGGAGGCGGCGGCGGCGUGAGCAAGCGCAGAGCUACGGCUGGCAGCGGCGGUGGCGGAAAGAAAGGAAAUGUCGCCACAAGAGUUGGUUCGAGUCGGUCUGGGAGUGGAAAUGGUGGUUUUGCCUCGAGGGCAAGGACGACUGCUUCUGGGACCGGGAUCGGGCUAAUGCCGCUUUGA